UGUACAUAGAAAACAAUUGCAAAGGGCAGGAGGGCAGAAAGCUGUUGGUUUGUGUGUGUGUGUUUUGAAGAAGCAAGCACUAUGAUGGGAGUGGGACUUGCCUCAGUAGCAAUAGCUGUGUUGUUAGGAGUACCAGCUUUGGUUUUUCUUAUCCUACACACUUUCUUUGCCAAACAAGACCCAACAAGCUUGCCUCGUGGAAACAUGGGAUGGCCCUUUUUGGGAGAGACCAUUGGCUAUCUCAAGCCACACAGGUCCAACACUAUGGGAACAUUUUUACAAACACAUUGCUCUUGGUAUGGGAAAGUGUUCAAAUCGCAUCUUUUUGGUUGCCCAACAAUUGUUUCAUGUGAUCACGACCUCAAUACGUUCGUUCUUCAGAAUGAAGAGAAGCUAUUCCAGAGCAGCUAUCCCAAACCUGUUCAUGGCAUACUGGGAAAGCUGUCAAUGAUGCUCGUGUCCGGUGACCUACACAGGAAGCUAAGAAGUGUUGCAGUCAGCUUCAUUGCUACCUCUAGGUCCAUGCCUGAAUUCCUUCAUAGCGUAGAGAAAUUGACUAUCUCGGUCAUGAAAUCAUGGGAAGACCGUCAAGAAGUUGCUUUCUUCAGAGAAGCUAAAGAGUUUACUUUGUAUGUCAUGUUGAAAUAUCUGCUCAGCAUUGAACCAGAAGAUUUAAUAGCUUCGAGUAUAUUGGAAGACUUCCUUACCUUCAUGAAGGGAUUCAUUUCUCUUCCAUUGAAUGUCCCGGGGUCCUCAUAUGCCAAGGCUGUUAAGGCUAGAACAAGGAUCUCAUCCACAUUAAAAGAGGUUAUAAAAGAGAGACAAAAUGGGAAUGGGGGGCUUGCCAAAAAGGACUUCCUAGAUGGAAUUUUGGUGAAAGAGAACUUGAGCAAUGAAGAAAAAGUGAGUGUUCUACUCGACCUUUUGCUAGCAGGCUAUGAAACAACCUCAGCACUUUUGGGUAUAGUCGUAUACUUUCUUGGACAGGCACCGCAUGUCCUUGAACACUUAAAGGCUGAACACCAAGAGAUAAGGAAAAACAAAAAGGAUGGAGAGCCCUUGAAUUGGGAAGAUUACAAGCAAAUGGAAUUUACCUCCAAUGUUAUAUCUGAAUCUCUAAGAUGUGGGAAUGUAGUCAAAUUUGUGCACAGGAAAGCUCUUCAAGAUGUCACAUUCAAAGGCUAUCUUAUUCCCUCGGGAUGGAAGGUUCUUCCAGUUCUUACUGCAGCAAAUCUUGAUCCAUCCCUUCAUGAAGAUCCCUCAGACUUUAAUCCUUGGAGAUGGACUGAUCAAGCGAUGAGCAAAAAAGUGAACCCUUUUGGUGGCGGAUUGCGGCUCUGUCCAGGGGCUGAACUUGCAAAAGUGGAGACCGCAUGCUUCCUUCACCAUCUUGUCUUGAAUUAUAGGUGGAAAAUAAAAGGUGAUGAUUUCCCCAUUUCUUGCCCAUUUUUGGAAUUCAAGAGAGGUUUAGUGCUGGAGCUAGAGCCAUUAGAGAAGAAAAUAGGAAGCAAAGCCUAAUUGGUCUCAUGUGACGUAAAUAGGCUAUAGUAGUAUUAAGUUCUUCUGUAUUUAGCAGAAUGAUAUUUUUCAGUGGGACUUAAAAGUUAUAUAAAUAAUGAAAAUAGUAGUAAUAUGAUUACUAGUGCUGUCAAUUAUCUCCUGUUUGAUUUUAAAACGAGGAUGUAAACGAAAUGAAGAGGAGAUUUAUUAACCCCUUAAGCAUUUAUGCUAGAAUUGGC